AUGGGAAUUGCAUCAAUUGAUGCCUCUAAUGCUGUCAAAGAUGCUACUCUUCUUUCUAAAUUGUUUCUAAAGGUUAUUGAGUGGGUCAGAGUGUCGAAUGUUGUUCAUAUGGUGACAGAUAAUGGAGAAAAUUAUAAAGCUGUUGGAGGACUUGCAAAUGCAACUUACAAAUCUAUAAAUUGGUCUCCAUGUUCAGCUCAUUGCUUGAACUUAAUCUUAAGUGAAAUUUCCAAGAUGAAUCAUGUGCAUGAGCUUGCUAUUAAGACAUCAACGGUGACAAAAUACAUAUAUAACCGGUCAUGGUUAUUAGCUUGGUUGAGAAAGAAGAAGAGUUGGACUGAAAUUGUGCACCCAGGAGCAACGCGCUUUGCCACUACUUUCCUUGCAUUGCAUAGCAUUCAUGAGCAUAUGCAUGAUUUGCAAGCUUUGGUGACAAGUAAGGAGUUUGCAAGUUCAAGGUUUGCAAAAGAGAAUAAAGGAAAGAAUGCCAUUGAUAUCAUUUUAGAUAAACUAUUUUGGAAGGAUUGCUUUAUCAUUGUUAAGAUUGUUAAGCCACUUAUGCGUCUUUUGCGUAUUGUUGAUGGAGAUGAGAAACCGUCCAUGGGAUAUGUUUAUGAAGGCAUGUAUAGGGCAAUCAAAGGUAUUACAGAUAUUUUCAAGAGAAAUAAGAGGUUGUAUAGGCCUUACACAACAAUCAUUAAAACUCGUUGGGAUAAUCAAUUGCAGAAGAAUAUACAUGCAGCAGCUUAUUGGUUGAACCCAACUUUUCAAUAUGAUAAAGCUUCAUUUUGCAAAAAGCCAGAGGCUAUGAAUAAUGUACUUGAUGUAAUUGAAACUAAAGCCACAUCAAGUAAAACUAAGCUCAUGAAUGAACUUAGAUUGUUUCGAGAUCGACAAGAUAGUUCUGGAAAAGAGCUUGCCUUUACUAUAUCUAAGAAAACACAGCCUGAUGAAUGGUAG